AGGGUGUGUGAGGAGGAGUGAAUGAGAGAAAGAGAAAGCAGCUUGACUAGCGGACAUACGGUAGAACUAGGCUGCUAGCUGGAGGUAGCAGCAGCAUGGCGGGGCAAAAGGACUUCCAACAAGGCAGCCACUGCCACAGGAAAACGUGGAUUAAUAUACUACUUGGGAUUCUACAGUUGUUAUUGUCCUGUCUUCAGUAUGGAAGUGCACAACUGCCAGCCCUCACUCCGGUGUCCAGCGUGGUGGAGGUAUUGCAGGCAGAAGAUGUGGACUUUUUGGUCCCCACGCAGGUGGAGGAAGAGCACAGCAAAGAGAGCCUCCCGCAGGAAGAGAGCUCUUCAUUUUAUAGGCUGGAGAGUGGAAAACCUCUCCGAUUCCAGCCUCCUGAUCUGGAGUUUGGGACACAGCCGCUGGGGCUGCCAAGAGCUGAAACUGUAUACAUACACAACCCCAGCCCAGAGCUCCCAGUGACUCUGUUGUCAAUAUUUACAUCUAGUAGACAUGUUCACAUGCCUUCAUUCCAUCGAAGGGUGAUUCCACCCCGAGGGAAGACUUCAUUUAAACUCAUUUUCCUUCCAACUGAAGAAGGAAACGUAGAGAAUUUUUUAUUUAUAAAUACAUCGUCACAUGGUGUAUUAUCAUAUCAGGUGUUUGGUGUUGGUGUCCGAUGGAGCUCAAAGCAAGAUGAACACCUAAAAGACAGUGUGUUGAUUUCUCCUCACAUAAAAAGCAUUAAGCUUACACAAACUCAGGAAGAUGCAUCAAAUAUUACCAUACUGGGACUUCUCAUAGAUUGUAGUUUACCCAAACAUGUGUACAGCCAUCCUCAGGGCUCGUGCUUGGCGACGGAAGAGGCGGAGCGCUUCUCGGUGCAGAUCAGCCUGACUGAGCGAGGGGAGCAGCAGGCCCACCUGGACAAGCUGAAGCCCUACGUCAUCGAGAACCUCAUGGUGCUCUUCCUCCUCCCAGGUCCCAGCAGCACAACAGCUCCCAGAAUAGACAUUUACAUGUUGAAUUCCGGAACAAAAAAGCUGUUUGUGAAGGAUAUUCAGCUCAUGCCAAAAGUAGAAAAUUCCCUGGAGAUUAACCAAAUUCUACUGAGAACCUCUGCAGCAAACUUCACUCAUGUGUCCUCGCUGUCCUGUAAAAGGUCUUCUCCACCUCAGACCAAGACGUGCUCCAGCCAAAUCAGCCUGCAGCUCUUGGGCAACUCCUCCAUUAGCGGCCUGCCUUACACACACAGGUCUGAUAUUGACCUUGUAGCGCUAUUCCAGCUGAGGGAGCGGCUGAGAGGCACUGGGCAUGCUGACCUCUGGUUCACCAACCUGUUUGGCUUUCCUCUCACCAUCACAAACAUUUCCAUCUCACAGGAAGCUCGGGGUCUGCUGAAGGUGGUGAACUUCAGUCGGCCAAUCACGGUGGCUGCCGGCUGCUGGAGGCUCCUCUCCCUUCAGCUCCUCAACAGAACGCGGCCCUUCAGCCUUAUCGUCACGGUCACACUGCAGUCCAAGGCCGGUGUCAGUUUCGUCGUGCCACUGCAUGUCCUGUCCACUGCAUCACAGUUGGGUGAAGUUCUGUUUGAGACGGGGGCUGAGUGUGCUCUCCCUUGUCCUCUCAGGUUAUCGAAAGCAAGCAAACUUGAGUGGAAGCAGACCCUCCUGCCCCAGUCGGCCUCAGCCCUCUGGAGAGUGGACAGCACCUUGGCCUCCGCUGUCUGCUCCCGCUGGCAGAAUAACAAGGACCAGCUACCCUGCAGGUGGCCAAGGCUCCUGGUGCAGGCAGGCGCCCCAUUGGACUUCGGGGCCACACCUGUGAAUGAGAGCAAAGUGAAGAGCCUGACAUUGAAGAAUCCCACUGGCUCUGUUGUUUCCAUGGAGAUUAGAGCACUUUCCUCUUACCCUGCUCCCUUGGAUGCCUUAGAUCUCCUCACUAAAUGGUUCAACAUUAGCCCACUGUCUGUGAACAUCAGCACUUCGGAAUUCUGUCUCGUGCCCACUGACUCCAAGGGUGAUGAGGGUGUACAGGUGGGAGCAGAGGGAAGCCUCCACCUGCAGCUGCAGCCGUGGGAGAGCAAGACUGUGGCCGUGGUCUUCACCCCUGCCGAACACAAGCCUGUCACCACCCUGCUGCUCAUCAGGAACAACUUGACCAUAUUCGACAUGGUGAUGGUGAAGGGUCUUGGGGCCAAGGAGCUGCUCCGUGUCGGCGGGAAGCUGCCCGGGCCUGGAGCCUCCCUUCGCUUCAACGUCCCCCAGUCCACACUUAUGGAGUGCAGAGAUGGAGUGCGCUCCAACAAGCCCUUGUUUGCCAUCCGCAAAAGCUUCAAGGUGGAGAAUGCUGGCGAGCUGCCUCUGACAGUGAUGUCCAUGAAUAUUAAUGGUUACAAGUGCCAGGGAUUUGGCUUUGAAGUCCUCCAGUGUAGGUCAUUCACUUUGGACUACAACACCUCCUCAGAAAUCACCAUAGCGUUUACUCCUGACUUCACGUCCUCGUGGGUGAUCAGGGACCUCACGCUGGUGACGGCUCGAGGCUCCUCCUUCCCCUUCACCCUCAACGUGACGCUGCCGCACCACAUGCUGCCCCUCUGUGCCCAGGUGGUGCCAGGACCCAGCUGGGAGGAGUCCUUUUGGGUUGUCACCCUCGUCUUCACCUGUUUCUCCCUGGCCGGUGUGUGUCUGAUGGCCUUCCACCAAGCCCAGUACAUUCUUGGCGAGUUUUACUCCACAAGCCACCGGAGCAACUCCCAUUCACGAGAGAAUGGAGUCAUCAGCAAUAUAUCAUCCAACAGUGUCAGUAAAAUGAAGGGCAGCUGCAAAACGUACACAGACUCAUGCCAAACGUCUGACAAAGGGAAGGGGCGGGGCACUCUAGCCAUGACCAAUGGCUCUACUAGGAGCCAGGCCUCCACCAAGAAGAGUUCUGCAGGCCAAGCCCAGCCCCAGAAGAAGCAGAGCAAAGUUUCAGUGCUCUAUGGAAGGUACAAAGUCAACACGAAUGCCCACUUGAACACGUCUACAGCCACAAGCCCUCCCUCCCCCUCCUCUUCCCCCUCCCCUCGUCCGGUCUCUCCGAGCCGUCCUGUGGAUGAGGAGCGUCCAGACGACCAGUCUUCUGAGCAGAGCCUAGACUCCCGCAACAACAACAGCAUCCUCUACAGCCAUCACAUGCUGGAUGAACUGCAGGGCACAGCAGAGAAAAGCUCGCCUAGGGAGAAAGAGCCCAUUAUGUUUCCUGUGGAAACGCAUGUUGUCUUCCCAGAAAACCCCUGCCCCGAACCCGUAUUCAAAGCCAGCCCUCUCAUGGAAGUGGCCACAGACAGCCAGCCAUCAGGAAAGAGGGAACAAGAAAAAAGGGACACAGCCGAAGCUGAGCCAAGAGAUGGGCACGGCAGCCAAAGAAAAAGAGCAGAAAAGACAGAUCUAGGUACUCCAGCAGCAAAUGGCAAGAGUGGAAAGAGGGGCUCUGGAAAGGGCCGCAAGAAAGCCACUGACACAGCCACUGGCGUCUCUGAUGGGGGUCUGGUUGGCCUCGUCGAGAGGGAGCCAGAGCACAGAGAGCCUCGCAAUGUCCCCAGGGUACGAAACCACUGUUCCAGUGUCAAACCAGACAUACCAAAGGCAGCACCCAACAUGGACAGCCCACUCAGACAGAACGGUGUUUGUCCAGCCCGGCUACGCAGGAAGUGUGCGGAGCGGCAGCCGCAGUGGGAGUCGGGUUCGGACAGCUCGGGCAGCUCCUCGGGCAGCGUGCGGGCCAGCAGAGGCAGCUGGGGGAGCUGGAGCAGCACCAGCAGCAUGGAGGGAGACAAGGACGCCAACACGCGCCAACACUGUGCCAACCCAGCACGCAAAAGAGACAACAUGCUAAACAGUAUUCCUUCAACAGAUCGUGAGAGCCAUCAGAUUAUCAAUCCCAAUUGUAAAACUCAGAGCGUACAGUGCCUGUACCGCAAAGAGGUGUGCCAAAGCCCAGACCCUACCCCUCCAGUGCCUGCAUUCGCACCAAGCUUUGCUGCUGUGGCAGCCGGACUAGACAGAAAUAUGGAUGUACCCAAUUAUGUGCCAGAGCAGACGUGGUCUGCUCCCUCAGUUCCCUUGACCAAUGAGUUCAGGUACAACAUGACUGAGUCACUUCCUUUCAUACCUCGAAGCCCAGCCAUCUCUCCUUACAAUGGUUUUCCAUGGAAUGGCAUGAACAACCAAUGCAACAGCACUUAUCCAUACAACAACCAGAGCAACUACAUGUCAGGAGGGAGUACACAGUUCAAGAGCACUUUCCCUUGUCGAGAGAGCCAGUCAGUGCCCUUCAAUCAUCAGCCUUCAUGGGGUGAGGACAGUUCUCAGGAGACACAGCCACAGCCAUCAUGGGACCUGACCGGAUGUGUUGGCAGCAAGCCAUAUUUCCCAGGGACACGUAGCCUCUCGCCCAUGUCCAGCCUGUUUGGGUCUAUCUGGACACCUCAAAGCGAGCCUUAUCAGAGCCACUUCCACCACCAGGAGCGCUCCGCACCUGUCUCCCCACACGCCUCCUUCUGCCGGGAGCCUGGCAGUGGCUGUCCUCCCAAGCAGUACUCCAGCUUUAACCCCUUCGGCCCCCAUAUGAACCUAGACAUCUGGAACUCCUCGUCCAGCCGCGGCUCCAACUCCCAGCUCUCCAAUGACUCGGGUUAUUGCGGUGACAUUUGAAAAGUUAGGGAAUAAAAGGACAACAAUGCAAAACUCUUGAUGGCAAAGACAAAAGACGAAUGUGCUCUUAUCAAUAAUGGGGAAAAAUGUGAAUAUUAUUUUUUGUUCUUUUAAUGUUACCUUUUUUAUUCUCAAACAUUCAGUGUUGUGAGAAGUUAAACAUAUGUUGUAUAUUUUUCUAGAUGUUUUGCAGUUUUACUCAGAAAACAAUAAAAAAAAUGUUUUCUUA